UCUGACUCAACUUACUCCACCAAAAGAGAUCAGCAGAUGAACAUCUUGUUCACAUUUACUUUAUUACAGUGGCUUUGACGGUCUUACCACAAAGAGCAUUGCUCCAGCAAUGAAAAUGCAGCGCUCUGUGUCCCUGCUGGCUGUGCUUCGUCUAGUCCUCUUAUACUUUGUGACUGAAACACGACAGGCACAAGAAUCAGCUGACCUAAUUUUCCUAAUUGAUGGAUCAAAUAAUGUGAGACCUGCUGAAUUUCAGUUCAUACAAUCUUUCAUUGCAAACUUCAUUGAAGAUCUUAAUAUUGGCCCCAAUGCCAUCCAAAUUGCCGUGGUACAGUACAGCCACACCCCUAGUACUGAGUUCUAUUUAAAUACAUACCACACAAGAACAGAGGUGCUCAAAGCAAUGAAAAACAUUCGGCAAAAAGGUGGAGGUGAAGCCAACAUUGGAUUGGCCCUCCAGUUUUUGAUGGACAAGCACUUUACUCCGUCAGCUGGGAGCAGGGCGGCAGAGGAUGUUCCCCAGGUAAUGAUCCUUGUAACUUCAAGACGGUCCAGUGAUGAUGUCAGGAGUGGAGUGUUUUCAGUAAAAAAGCAGGGCACCUUUACAUUUGUUAUUGGUGUGAAAGGCGCUGAUGCAGCUGAAGCCAAAAUGAUAGCUACCGAUCCUUCAUUUACUAUGCUCGUUCCUGAUUUCCAACGAAUGGCUUCAACGCGAGAACAAUUGAUGCCUCUGUUUUCACUGGUGGCCAAGAAACAACUGGUGAUCGAGGUGCAAGAAUCUAAGGUAGAAGCCCAAGUCAGCAAGAGAGACAUAAUAUUCCUGAUCGAUGGCAGUUCCACUGUGGGAAAUGCUAACUUUUUGGAAAUAUCCAAGUUUAUUUUAAACAUAGUCAACAAAUUUGUAAUUGGACCAGACUCUGUGCAAGUAGGUGUGGUGCAGUACAGUGACGAUGCACUGACUGAAUUUUACUUAAAUACCCACUCAACACAAUCUGCUUUGCAAACCGCUGUGAAGGGACUCAGAAUGAAAGGCGGUUGGGAAGUUAACACUGGUGCAGCUCUGGACUAUGUUUUCAAAAAUCACUUUACCAGAGCAGCAGGAAGUAGGAAAGAUGAUGGAGUUCCGCAGCUUUUGGUCGUCAUCACUGGAGAAAAAUCUAUGGAUGUUGUGAAACUACCUGCGGAGACCCUUAAGCGAUCUGCUGUAAUGACCCUUGCCAUUGGAGUAAAGAAUGCAGAUCCAGCACAGAUGAAAGAGAUUGCAAUUGACCCCAGUUUAGUCUUCAAUGUUGAGAACUUCCAAUCUCUCCCAGAGAUAAAGGAACAAGUGAUGACACCACUCUCAACACUGGCUGGUGUAACAAUCAUUUAUGAACAACCAACUGAACCAUCUAAAAAAGAAGUGGACAAGAGAGACAUUGUGUUCCUUAUUGAUGGAUCAUAUAGCAGUGGAAGAAGAAACUUACCUGCUAUCCAGAACUUCAUCACAAAAACAGUCGAGGCUUUUGACAUUGGAACUGAUGCCGUACAAGUAGGCCUGGUACAGUACAGUGAUAUUCCAAAAUCUGAGUUCUUUCUAAACACCUACUCAUCAAAAGAUGAAAUACUCUCUCAUGUAAGACAACUCAGAUUGAGAGGUGGUACUGUUCUCAAGACCGGAGAAGCCUUAAACUAUGUCCUAAGAUACCUUUUUACCAAAUAUUCAGGAAGUAGGCAAGAGGAAGGUGUUCCUCAGUUUCUGAUACUCAUCACUGGUGGAAGAUCAAGAGAUGAUGUAAAGCAGCCUUCUGAGGCCCUUUCACGAGCUGGUAUUAAAACUUUAGCAGUUGGAUUUGAGAAUGCCAUAAAGCAACAACUUCAAGACAUUAGUUCAGACCCCAGCUUGGUUUUUAAUGUGAAAGAGUUACGUUCGCUACCAGAAAUACAGCAGGAAGUUCUUUUGCCCUUGUCAACUCUGAAUAGUGCGACACAAACCCUGUCCUGCCGAUAUCUCCGACUACCAAGCUUGAAUAGUGUCAACCACCUGGAUAGAAAAGUUGUAACACAAGCAGCCAAGAAAGAUAUUGUGUUCUUAAUUGAUGGAUCAUUCCAUGUGGGAAACAGAAAUCUACCAGCCAUUCGUGACUUCAUCACAAGCAUAAUUGAGACCCUGGAUAUUGGAAGUGACAGAGUGCGAGUAGGCCUUGUACAAUACAGUGACACUGCAGAACAUGAGUUUUAUCUAAAUACAUACUCAUCAAAAGAUGAACUAAUCACUGAAGUAAACAAACUCAGACUGAGGGGAGGCACUGAGGUCAAGACUGGAGCAGCACUGGAUUACGUCCAUAAAUAUAUUUUCACCAAAUAUGCAGGAAGCAGGAAAGAAGAAGGUGUCCCGCAGUUUCUGAUUCUUAUUACAGGUGGACGGUCAAGGGAUGAUAUCAAAACCCCAUCAGAUGCUCUGCUACGAUCUGGUGUGAUGACUUUAGCCAUUGGAGCGAAGAACGCAGUAAGACAGCAGCUACAAGAGGCUGCUUUAGACCCCAGUAUGGUUUAUAAUGUGAAGGAGUUUGAUUCACUUCCAGAGAUACAGCAGGAUAUUCUGUUGCCGUUAUCGACUCUAAGUGGUGUGAAGCUAAUUUCUGAAUGGCCAACAAUAAAGAGUAUCAAUGAAAAUGCUGAUACCCAGGAGCGAGACAUUGUGUUCUUGAUUGAUGGCUCAGUGAGAACUGCUGCUUCAUUUCCUUUUGUCCGAGAAUUUCUCCGUGGCGUAAUUAAACAGCUCAACAUUGGGGAGAACAGGAAUCGCAUUGCAGUGGUGCAGUACAGUGACAAGGCAAGAGUCGAGUUUCCGCUGAAUGCCUUCUCAAACAAAGAUGAUGUUCUGGCUGCAGUGGAGAAACUGAGGCCAGUAGGUGGAAUAGGGUUGAACACAGGGGCUGCAUUGGAGCAUGUCAUCAGGAACGUCUUCACCACGGCCGCUGGAAGUAGGCGAGUUGCUAACGUGCCACAGAUCUUGGUGCUUCUCAUUUCUGGAAAGUCGAAGGACAAUAUUAGGGAGAGAGCAGAUGCACUGAAGAGAGCUGCCAUCGUCACCUUUGUCAUUGGUGCUGCAGAUGCAGACGGCCGAGAGUUAAAAGAGAUUGCAUAUUCUUCCAACCUGCUGUUUGCAGUCCAAGACUUCAAGUCACUUCCAGAGUUCCAGGAUCAGUUGCUUCAGCCAUUGAAAACACUCAUUGUUGAAGUUAUUAAAAUGCCGACUGGAGUUACUGAAGGUCAUAAACGAGAUAUUGUUUUCCUAAUCGAUGGUUCUUCCCAUGUGGGAACAUUUUUUUAUUUAAUUCGUGACCUUAUUAUCAACUUAAUCCCGAACUUCGAUAUUGCAAAAGAUAAAGAUCAAGUAUCAGUGGUGCAGUACAGCGACGACACAAGGGUCGAAUUUCCUUUAAAUGCACUCACAACUAAAGAGGAGCUCUUGGCUGCAGUCAAAAGGCUACGGCUGAAAGGCGGGAGAAAGCUCAAGACCGGGGCAGCACUGGACUUUGUCAGGAGGAAUGUCUUCAGCAAGUCUGGUGGGGGCAGGAAACACUUGGGCAUCUCACAAAUUCUGCUGCUCAUCACCUCUGGAAAGUCACAGGAUGAUGUGAGGAAGCCCUCGGAAGACCUAAAACGAGCUGGGGUGAUGCCAUUCACCAUCGGCAUUGGGGAAGUAGAGAGAAGUGAACUGCGUCAAAUCGCAUAUUCCCCCAAACUGAGUUUUCAGGUUGACAACUACUGGGGUCUUUCUGAUCUGGACCUGCACCUGCUCAGCAUCUCGCAGAACACUGAGAAUGUCCCCAUACCAUCCACCAUCAGCUCAGGUGUCGAUAGAAGAGAUAUUGUUUUCCUCAUUGAUGGUUCUUCGAAAAUUGGUAAAGGAUUUCCAGCAGUUCGUAAGUUUAUGGCAAAGACAGUUGAAAGUUUUGAUGUUGGAGAGGGAAAAGUUCAAUUUGGUGUGGUACAGUUCAGCGAGGAUCCAAGAACAGAAUUCUUUCUAAACACUCACUCAACUAAGAAAAAAGUUUUGGUCGCUAUCAAGAGACUCAAACUGAAACGCGGCCAGAAAAUCAACAUUGGUCAGGCACUGGACCAUGUCAUAAGGAAUAUAUUCACCAGCUCAGCAGGAAGCAGGAUUGACAAUGCUAUUCCACAGAUCCUAGUUCUCGUCACUUCUGGGAAGUCAAAUGAUGAUAUUUCACAGCAGGCAGCUAAAUUAAGGGAGCUUGGAAUCGUGUUAUUUGGGAUUGGCCUAAAGAAGGCUGAUCAAACAGUACUGGAGCCACUGGUGUACUCCCCCAGCUUAGCUUUUCCUGUGAAAACCUUCCAGGGUUUGCUCAACAUUCAGAAUCAACUCCAGCAAAUAAUAAAAACGGUAGCCGUGGAAGUCGUUGAAAGACCUGCUGGAGACAAAUAAAUGACUUUCCAGUUGGCCAUGCCUGUGUGGAUUUAUUGGUUUAUAAUAUGUAACCUCCAAGCUCUGUGUUGUAUCUAGGCCAACAAAGUGAUCACUGAGAAAGGAAUUGGUUCUGACCCAAGCAACAACUCAAAUGGCUGGAUUAUCCUGUCUUUUGGUGUUGUGAUAAGAAUGUUAGUCUUUUUAGUGAUUGCUGCAAUUACAAAUUUAAAACUUUAUCUAUUCUCUGUAUAUUUUAUGAAACAAUCUGCAGUUAAUGGAAAAACUGGUGUAUGUGACUUAAUUUGCAUGAGAUCAAGAGGCUUCAAUGCGAAUGCAAUGUAUGGAGGUCAUGUACUCUGUUACAAUUAGUCUCUAUUUGAUUAUGUGUGUGGUUAGAGGAGCUCAUGCAUGUCAAUUAAUGAACAUCACAAUGAUUGUAACAAAUACUUCACCUUCUCUGUUAACCCUGGCAGUGUCAAGAAGAGUAAUUUUUGAAAGAUAUAUAUAUAUAUAUAUAUAUAUAUAUAUAUAU